AUGAAGCUUCCAAGGUUCCAGCCGAAGCUUGCCGACUUCGGCAUCUCCUGCCAGCUCCAAAACACCUGGGCCCGGAGAAACACGCAGAUUGGCUCGCCCUACUGGAUGGCCCCGGAGGUUAUCAAGGGAGAGGCUUACAAUGCCACGGCGGACAUUUGGUCCCUGGGGAUAACCUGUAUCGAGAUGGCUGACUGUCAUCCUCCGUACUACCACAUCCCUCCCACGCGGGCCAUGUUCGUCAUCAGCACCAAGCCGCCCUCUG